AAAAAAAAAAAAAAAAAAAAAAAACACCUGCAACUCCAAACUAACAAAAUGAGCGACAGCCGCCGGAACACAGCUACCGAAUUCAGCUACAUUCUGCAGCGACAGGGCAGCGAUGUUUCUGCCGCCGAGGCCUAUGCAUUUGAUGACUUUAACAACAUAAUGAAGAAUGACCACCAAACACAUCAGCAACAUGGCCAGCAACAGCAGCGACAGCUUUCGCAGUCGUUGCAACAACAAAGCCAGCAGCAGCAACAACAACAGCAACAACAACAACAACGACAUCCCGAUGGCACACUUGCCGACGCGCUUUCGUCAUUACCACAAGCAUCCUUCAACUAUAUUAACUCCAUCGUGGGCAGCGGUGUCAUCGGCAUACCCUACGCUCUGCAUCGCGCCGGUUUUGGACUCGGCCUGGCACUUUUGAUUUUGGUCGCCUACAUAACGGACUACUCGCUGAUACUGAUGGUCCGAUGCGGUCACAUUUGCGGACGCUUCAGUUAUCCUGGCAUUAUGGAGGCGGCAUAUGGCAAAUACGGCUACUACUUGCUAUCGCUGUUGCAGUUUAUGUAUCCCUUCCUGGCCAUGAUAUCGUACAAUGUCGUCGUGGGCGAUACUCUAUCCAAAGUGCUCGUGCGCUUCUUCCCAUCCUGGGGCGACUCGAUGGGUGCUGUUCGAUUGGGCGUUGUGUUUUUCGUCACCGUAGGCGUCGUGGUGCCCUUGUGCCUCUACAAAAAUGUCUCCCGGCUGGCCCGUGCCAGCUUCAUUAGCCUGGCGUGUGUGGUCUUCAUACUCUUCGCCGUUAUAGUGAAGCUCAUGUCGGGUGAUUAUAAAGUCACGGACACUACGGAGUCCUGGCGCUUUGCCAACACGGAUCUAAUACCCGCCACUGGCAUCAUGGUGUUUGCUUUCAUGUGUCAUCACAAUACUUUCCUCGUCUAUCAAUCGAUGCGCGAUGCGACCAUGGAGCGUUGGGAGAAGGUCACACACAUUUCGAUUGGUUUCGCCUGGACAGUUGCAGCGCUAUUUGGAAUCGCCGGCUAUUCCACUUUCCGCGCUCUGUCACAAGGCGACUUGUUGGAGAACUAUUGCUGGGAUGAUGACUUGAUGAACUUCUCGCGUGUACUCUUCUCCAUAUCCAUACUGCUAACUUUCCCCAUUGAGUGCUUCGUUUCACGUGAAAUUGUGCGCGCACUUGUGCACCGUUUUGUGCUAAAGGAGCCCAUAAGCGAGUUUACGCAGGACAAGGACCCCAGUCUGGAGAAGGGGGCCGAAAUCGAUGAGUAUUCGAAAGCCAUAACAUUAGCCAUUGUGUUCAGCGCUUUCGUUAUAUCACCCAUGACCGAUUGCUUGGGUUCGGUGCUGGAAUUGAAUGGCCUCCUGGCAGCCAUACCCUUGGCAUAUAUACUGCCGGGUCUGGCGUAUAUACAAAUGGAACCGCAUGCGCUCUUCAGCCGCGAGAAACUGCCAGCAUUGGGACUCGUUGUAUUCGGGGCAUUGGUCACUAUAUUGGGCGCCGCUGUCCUGCUGCCCGGCCUCAUGGGCGGCGAUUGUCGCGCGGACGUAGUAAUGAGCUAUUGUAGGCGGGAGUAUCAGAAUGGCACUAUGGAUGUGGCGGCUAGCAAAUUGGUGAAUUAGAUGUCGGCCACAGAGUGAGCUAUUAACACAAAAUCGAAGCCAAAGUCAAAGUCAUUAGCUUAGACAUAAGGAUGGGUGCGAGCUGGUUUGAUUGUUGGAUGCAUUUUACAAUAUAAGUUGCUGUCUGAAUUUCUUUUGCUGCACUCUUACACACAAAAUCGUAUAUAUAUGUAAUAUAUAUAUGUACAUAGCUAUGUUCUGGCAAACGAAAACUUGUACCUGAGUCUCUGAUGUUCAAAGAAGGUGUGUGUGUGUGUGUGCGCGUGUCUAUUAGGUACAUUUCUAGGGUAUUUGUAGAGCAGAAACUUGGCAAGUGAUACGAGUUAUUGAAAACCUGAACCUCAGUACAAACAACAAAUUCUUAUAUGCACCAUAACAUUUUCUUUGUUCCAUAUAAAUAAGACAGGUAGUUGAAUUUACGAGCAUUAGCCACAUUCCUGUUAGCCAACUUUUAUUUGGAACGAUUGAGCGCCUGUGAGUGUGAAGAGCAAGUUCCUUACAAUUUAAACGAUCGUCGAUGUCGAUGUAAUGCAUGAAAUUUUCGCAUAGAUGUUACUGUAAUUAGCAUUAGAGUAGUCUGAAAAAAUAUUUGGGCACCAAUAUACAUACAUGCAUACAUACAUAUAUACAAGUAGAGGCAA